AAUGAUCUAAAUAUUUGCCGCUCGAUAGCCGAUAUUCAUUGUGGAAUAAACAGUUGUGAAAGGAGGACUAGGAAUAUUAAAUAUAUAAAAAUGUAUUUCUUUGAGCUAGUUCACAUUUCUUUCUUGUUCGUGUUUAUCUCUGUAGUACAAACAUCUGACAAAUGUUAUAAGCAAUGCCCGAAAAACGAGAUUCCUGACUUUUGCACACAGAGGAAUGUGGAAGGAAGCGAUAAUUGCACAAAGGAUGAUCGAGAUGGAAUGGAGCAUGGCCACUGGGAUGUAGACUAUAAAGAAGGAAAGCGUUGUAUUCUAAGAUGUGAUACUGAUUUCGUACCAAGUGGAUGUCACGUCCAACGCAAGUGGAUAGAUAAAAUGCCAACAUGUAUUAAAGAUGAUUGGUCUAGAAAAGCUAAGGAUUGGGGAAAAACGGGAUUGAAAGUAACUGCAAUAGUUGGGUCGUCCGUAGCUUUCGGAACCGCCGUUGUUGCUGCAACCCCUGUAGUCCUUGGUUUUAUUGGGUUUACAUCAAGCGGUGUUGUUGCAGGCUCUACUGCGGCAGCGGUUCAAUCAUCAUCAACGGCAGCUGGAAGUAUAUUCGCAUGGGCCCAAAGUGUUGGAGCUGUUGGAUCCGUGGGUGGAACAGGCUCUGCUGUGAUUGGAGGAGGAACCGGUGGUGCUUCUACUUUUCUGAUGUCGGCAUUUACUGGAUGUGAAGCAGAAUAACUCCAAAACUUAAUAACUAUAACAAUCUUAAACAUUACUUACGAUAUGUCGUUUAGAAACAUGAAAUUAAAAGAAGAUUUGAUCUAUUAUGUAAAUGCUAUAACAUUUCAUGAUUCCAACAUUUUAUAUCAUUGAGACCGUUUGUAACUGAUGAUGGAGAUUGAGUUUAUUUAAGUUGAUCUUAACAUGAAAAUGAUUGUACCUGAGAACCACUUAUUGAAACGGCCAUUAUUCUUCAACAUGUUAACAAGUUUUUAACACACAUUCAAUUUGCCAAUUUUCAUCCCAAAUCUAUGUAAUAUUUUUAUGUUUUCUUUCAAUUCUUUCAGACAAAAUAUAUUAUUAAACAAUUUAUCAUUUA